AUGGAUGAACAAUUUCUUCAGGAAUCCGCGGCUAUUCAAAUCCAGUAUUGGUGGCGAAAAUGUCUUCGCAAGCGUUUUCGAAAUAAAGAACUAAAACAAUGGACUGUUCUGAAAAAGAUUUCGCUUGCAAAUGAUGAACUAUUACAAAAAAUGGAAACGUUGAAAUGCGAAAAGGGAAUUGCUAUUCACAAAUACGAACGGCUUAUGAGUCUUCCAGCUAGUGAGAUAAAAGAUUUUUUGGAGACAAUGAACAAAGAACCGAUGAAAGUAAAGAUGAAUGAGCAUCGAUUCGAUAAAGGAGAAAGCGAAAGACGAGAGAAAGCGGCGAGGAUCAUUCAGAAACGGGUUCGCCUUUAUCAGCUUCGCACUCGGGCUAUUGGUUGGCGUCGUGCGUGUGAAGAGCCGCUGUUGGUGCCGAAGAGGAUGGCCUUGAUUGCUCGAAUCAACGAGAACCUCACAAAUCGAGUAUCGAUUCGAACAGAAACUCUUGCUGAAGUAAAAGAAAAGCUUGAUUCUCGAUUGAAACACGAAGAGGGGAAAUUUAUGCGAAUUGCUGCAAUAGAAAGACAAUCAAAACAUUUGCAACGACUCGCACAAACCGUCGAAGAUCUUGGCGCUGUUUCAUCGCUUCGCUCUGAGCAUUUAACUUCUCUUCACAUUCGACCAUUAUCAUCAUACAAAGCAACUCAACUUCACAAAAACGAUAUCGAAAUCAUUUACGAGCGUUCAUUAUUUUUA